UUCCGUGAGGUCACACAACAUUGCCAGGCUAUAACUGUCGGUAUGUCAUAUGACAUGUGGCCUGAUCCUGGCCUAAAUUUUGGGGCCUCGUAAACCCUAAUUGUUAGUGCCACGCUAAUGAUAAUUUUUAGUCCAUCGUUAAUCCUAAUUUUUAGUCCAUCGUUAAUCCUAAUGGUAGAGAAAAUGUUAAAAAUUCCACAGUGCUUAUGGGUUGUUUUGUUGUGAUUCAGUGCAUAUUCCUAGAGCUGCUUAGAAAGGAAUAAAUUGAAAUAUAUAAAUUGGUAUUUUUUAAAUAUUUUUUUAUAUUUUGUGUGUGUGACCUGUUUCCAGAAUGUCUGACGGACAGCAGCAAGCAAUACUCACAUAAAACUUCACAGCGACAUCAGUCAAGGGCCAACGGCAGACCCAAGAUUUUAACGAAGACAAAGCUAAUGAAGUCGGACGUCAAGGACGCCCUCCAUUCGGAUUGGCUUGGGGUCAGGGGCGUCUCCAUGAAGUUUUACAUGAGCGAGCAAAAACAAAUGCUGGAGUCGAACCGCUUCACGGGCGGCACCAGGACGGACGAACCUCAACACCGCGGCAACGACAAAAUAAGGGCGUGGUCGAUAAAGGACACGACAUCGGCAUCGUACCAGGCGCCGCCCAUGAAAGGGAUACUAAAGUCUUGCAGUGGUUCUUCCAUUAGCGAGGAACAGAGAGGGAUUUGUCAAACGGUGUGCAGUAGAAACUCCUUCGACUCGACCAGAUCCCCCAAGAAGGUACAAUUCAAGAGUGAAUCGCCUUUAGAUGCUACAGAAUCAUUCAUCAGAAUGUUACAUAGGAGGGCGCCGACUAAUGACCUGACGCACCAUGACCUACCACACCAUGACCUACAACAUGAUUUUCUCCCACACUUCGACCUGGUACACGAGGAUCAAUCCCAUUCCCCAGGGAACACUGUCAAGUUUUGCCUUCGUGGCGGUGCCAACCAAAUCCUCUCCUACGACGAAUGUGUGAGACUGGCCGGAGGACUGACCACUGGUCACCGCUGCUGCAGCACCGAUGAGAUGGUCGUGCAAUUCGCAGACGGAGCCGAGGGAGGCUGGUCCAUGAACAAAAACAACCAGGGCUUAGACAGCAACGCCGAAGACAACGACGACCUCAGCGGAUGCCAGGCUGUCCAGCAGGACAAGUUACUCAGCUUGACCAACCGACCAGUCUCCUCGUCCAUAUUAAAGUUCAUCACCAAGCAUCAAAACUUAAUCCCGGCCAACGCCCGGCUCAACGGCAGCGCUGACCACAGGAUGGCGCACAUGCCUUGCGUGCAGAGCGCAUACAAAGACAUGUUGAGUAAUGUUCCGCAGAGGCAAGGUCUGAAGAAACUUCCCAGUGAGUGCGCGGCUCCGGGAAGACUGGCAAUAACCCCAGGAGUCGUAGCUAAACACUGCGAGACAAUGUGCUGUCCGGUCAAGAAUGACAACGGUGGACCCGAUGCAGGCCAUUUGGCGAAAGGCGACUAUAUUAAAAAUGGUGACAUUGAAAUUUCCUACGUAAAAAAUUUUCAGCUGGAAGCCAGUGAAGUAACAGCGGCACCGAACGAUGAAACCCUGCUACGGUAA